CUUAGCAUUAUCAUGUUCUUAUAUAUCAAAACGAUUGUAUGCGUGUUUAGUGAUUUGGGGUUCUGAAUCGUUUUGGAUGAAAGAAGGAUAAAAUUGUUGUUGUUGUUUUUGUCUGGAAAAAAAUGCGGGAUAAGAAGAAAUUAAAGGAUGAUGAGAGGAUCGAGGAGACAAUUCGAUCUCUUCUCAAACUUCCCGGAAAUAAAAGAUGCAUCAAUUGCAAUCUUUUGGGUCCCCAAUAUGUUUGUACCACUUUCUCGACUUUCGUUUGCACCACCUGUAGCGGACUACAUAGGGAAUUCACUCAUAGGGUGAAAUCAGUAUCAAUGGCUAAAUUUACUGAAGAAGAAGCGAGUGCUCUUCAAGCAGGAGGAAACGAGCGAGCAAGACAAAUUUACUUUAAGACAUGGGAUCCUCAACGCAAUUCUUUACCCAAUUCCAGUGACCUUCCUAUGCUCCGGAAUUUCAUCAAGCAUGUCUAUGUGGAUAAGAAAUUCACCGGCGAGACGAUUCCAAGUCCGGGAUUGCGAUACAGAGCGCAAUCCCCUGAAAAGAAGAAGGUCAUUGUAUUUACUAGAUCCAAAACUACACUACAUGAAGGUAGACAUGAAUACGGAGGAUCUAGUCCUGCUGGAGCUGUUAGGGUUAUCUAUACUGAGCCAAGAAGUCCUCGACUUCCCCAAGAAAAUUCUAGAUAUGAAUUUUCUCCUAGAAACCAUAGGCAAAUUGAGAUUAUCGAUAACAGGCGCCGAUACGAUGGUCCUGGAAAUGCCAUAAGAAAAGAUAACCCCAGCAUUCCACAGGGUGAACAUGUGAGAAGCAGGUCAUCUGACCACCUAGAUAGGGUUGUUUCUCCAGUGGUGCGCCCCAUUAGAGAUAUUUUGGAAGAGAAUGUUCCUGCCUUACAGAAGAACUCAUCAUCAUCUAGUGGCAUGGAAAGCUUGAUUGAUUUCAGCAUGGAUGCUCUGCCGUCAAAUGCUGAGGCAUCACCAAAUUUGCUGCCGGCGCCACCGUCAAGUGAUGUUGGUAACCAGACAGAUGAACUCUCUUCAAAGGGAAAAGCAACUCCGGAAUCCAAUGCAAACCCCUUGGAUCUUUUUCUAUUUGAUCUUUCAGCUCCCUCUAUGGUACCUGUUGAUAAUGUGUCAACAGUACCAGGCAGUGCAGGUGCUCCACCGACUGCUUCCGGACAGAACAUUUCAUUAAACAGUAUGUCUCCAGCAAUACCUGAGGGUCAGAUUUUAGCAUUGGCAAGUAAAAAAGGCUCCUCACCAGUUCCACCAGCUAUCAAUGUCCCACAAGUACAAUCCCCUUACGGGCAUGUCUUUCCCAGGAUGCAAAAGCAUGCAGAACAAAGUCCUCGAACAGUUGAAGCAUUGAAUAACCAGCCUGGUAUGUUGUUGCCGAUGCACAAUGCUCAACAAUCUUCCAAUUUAUCCACUGAACAAAUUUCCGAUGCCACCUCAAAAUCAGCUGAAGAAACUAGUUCUAAAGACAGAGUGAAGCCUCUUUCAGCAGAAACAAAGUCUAGUGGAAGAAGGGAACUUCCACAGGAUCUCUUUACUGAAAGCUAUGGAUCCUCCCCUGGAGCUGGGUUUGAUUUGCAGUUUUAUUCUAAUGCAAUGCCUGCAGCAGGAUUUACAAGCAUUGCUAGGCCAAAUUCAUUUGAUCUCAACAGUGAUGUGACUCCAGCACAUGCCCCACCUUCUCCUUCUUUGGCAUCUCAUUCAUCCAAUAUUGCAUCUAAGAUUACUCCGGAAUCACCCUUCACACUGGCAAUGCCUUCUGGUGCAUACAUGGGGAAUCAGUAAAACCUUGGAGUUCCACCUUCCAGCCCACAAGGAAUAGGUGGCUCUGGCAGUGGUAAACUCAACUCGGUUUCUUGAAUGCAACUCAAGAACCUGCCGGAGUAUCAAAUCCGCCCUACAAACUUCUCAUAGCCAUUAUUUAUUUUCUUUCUUCCCACUUGGUUUGAUCCCUUUGUCCUUUUUCUUUAGAUUUUUCUUUGUUUAUAUGACGACUUCAUCAUUUUAUAAUUACUGUAAUCCUGU